CUCCGGCUGGACUGCCGCGGAGGAGGAAAAGAGGAGUCCGGCGCUGGGGGGCUGGCUCGGGCGGCAGCGGUGGCUGCUGCGGAUGGGAACGGGCCGGCCCGGCGCGCCCAUGGAGCGCCACGGCAGGGCCGCCGCCACUUCCUCAGCCUCGUCGGCUGGAGAGCCGGCGUCUGGGGACUCGGAAGGGCGGCGGCGGCGGGAGCCACUGCGGCGCCGGGCGAGCAGCGCGUCGACGUCCGAGGUCGGGGCCUCGGCGGAGAGCCUGAGGCGGGAGCGGCCCGGCUCCUACAGCGGCCCUACCUCGGUCUCCCGCCAGCGCGUCGAAAAUCUCCGAAAAAAGCGGCCGCUUUUUCCAUGGUUUGGCUUGGAUAUUGGUGGAACCCUGGUCAAGCUGGUUUAUUUUGAACCCAAAGACAUCACUGCCGAAGAAGAGGAGGAGGAAGUAGAAAGUCUCAAAAGCAUUCGGAAGUACCUGACCUCCAAUGUGGCUUAUGGGUCCACAGGCAUUCGGGACGUGCACCUGGAGCUGAAGGACCUGACUCUGUGUGGACGCAAAGGCAAUCUGCACUUUAUACGCUUUCCCACUCAUGACAUGCCUGCUUUUAUUCAAAUGGGCAGAGAUAAAAACUUCUCGAGUCUCCACACUGUCUUUUGUGCCACUGGAGGUGGAGCAUACAAAUUUGAGCAGGAUUUUCUCACAAUAGGAGAUCUUCAGCUUUGCAAACUGGAUGAAUUAGAUUGCUUAAUAAAAGGAAUUUUAUACAUUGAUUCAGUUGGAUUUAAUGGACGGUCACCAUGCUAUUACUUUGAAAACCCUGCUGAUUCUGAAAAAUGUCAGAAGUUACCAUUUAAUUUGAAAAAUCCAUACCCUCUGCUUCUGGUGAACAUUGGCUCAGGGGUUAGCAUCUUAGCAGUAUAUUCCAAAGAUAAUUAUAAGAGGGUCACAGGUACCAGUCUUGGAGGAGGAACUUUUUUUGGUCUCUGCUGUCUGCUUACUGGCUGUACCACUUUUGAAGAAGCUCUUGAAAUGGCAUCUCGUGGAGAUAGCACCAAAGUGGACAAACUAGUACGGGACAUUUAUGGAGGAGACUAUGAAAGGUUUGGAUUGCCAGGCUGGGCUGUGGCUUCAAGCUUUGGAAACAUGAUGAGCAAGGAGAAGAGAGAGGCUGUCAGUAAGGAGGAUCUUGCCCGAGCGACUUUGAUCACUAUCACCAACAACAUUGGCUCUAUAGCAAGGAUGUGUGCCCUUAAUGAAAAUAUUAACCAGGUGGUAUUUGUUGGAAAUUUCUUGAGAGUUAAUACGAUCGCCAUGCGGCUUUUGGCAUAUGCUUUGGAUUAUUGGUCCAAGGGACAGUUGAAAGCACUUUUUUCAGAACAUGAGGGUUAUUUUGGAGCUGUUGGAGCACUCCUUGAACUGUUGAAGAUUCCCUGAUUGUUACCUGGGAGAGCUUCCUGGAAUUUUCCACAAUGGGAUCUGUGGACUUGUUUUUUUUAAGAGACUCAGUUUUAUGAUCGUGUACUACCCGAAUCAGAGUGAGGAAUGACAAGUGUAUUUUUCUAAGUCAUCAAGAUAAAUCCUUAAAAAUUUAAGCAACCAGUACAGAAAGAAAUAUUAAAGGCAAAAAACAUGGACCAUAUCCAGGCAAUGUGAAGAUUUGUCCUUAGGUUGCUCAUUUGAGCACAUCAGUGUUGAACCUGUGGCGUGGUUUGGAAUCUCCACAUCUUAAUGGAGAUGCUUUCCAGAGUUGUCCUGCAUUCCUGUGCUCAGCUGACUGUUGUAUGUGUCCUGUUUGAACUUGCUAAGUGCGGUGCAAGCUGCUGUGUGUUAGAAUCUAAUCACAGGUUUU